CGCACGCACCUCACCUCAAUCACACCUGCAAAGCGAAUGUUGAGGUGUCAAUAACCGAACCCGACUCAAAGUACCAUACUGUGUGAGCAUGCGACGACGGCCAAUUCACUAUUCCACAUACAUUCAGUCUCUUCAUAUCGCAGCAGUGCUUUUCACAUACCAUAUCACACCGUUCUUGCCACUGGGCUCUUGAUUCUCUGUCACUGCUCACCUCUUGUCGGUUCUUGAGUGUUAUUCUCAACGUGACUGCCGUGAAGGUUGUGAACUCUUUCGUGACUAUUUGCAUCUAUGCAAAGAACAAUUCUGCUCAGAGCAUAAAGCAAAAAGGGUUGAGCAGCUGCCAUAAGCUCCAUUAGGCGUCGAAGAUCAGCUUAACCUCGGUUUCGAUACUGAGUGACAAGACCAAAACUCCAGGAUAGACGGCAACAGCCUGUGAGCAUAGUUGAGCAGCACGUUGGGGACCCGGGUCACCCCGUUGACGGGAUUGUCGCUUUUCAAACCGGCACGCCUUUCACACUCCGCCUAAUCCAGCUGGUCUUGUCUCUUGCUUUGCAUUCAUGCCACGGCACGUGGGCUUGUCUUACAAGGCACAGCCAAAGCCGCUUCUUAAGCAAGUUGGGGGUUUUCCGGUCGAGCCCAACAUGAAGUCAAAGCCGGCGAACUCUGGGAAACGGAAAGGGCGUUCAGAUUCAGAAUCGGAGCCGGACCGAACAUCAAGCUCUAGGCCCGAACCAGAAUUCGAUGCUCCCCCUUUGUCUACUUCCGAGUCGGAGGAUUCUGGCGAUGAGUCCAACAGGAGGGCAGACAUCAAGCCGACCACUUUUGGCUCGAAAAAGGACCUGUCGUCCAGCAAAAUGCCCUCGAAGUCGGGAAACGGCGUAAAGGAAGCACCUCGGAGAGCAUCGUCUCGUGUAGCCAAGUUUACAAUGCCGUCCACCAUCGAUUCGGAUGAUAUUGAAGACAGCGAUGAAGACACAAGAGUCAGAAAACGGGUGAAAACAAGUCAGAGUACGGACACUACGCCAUUUGGUUCCCAGCACAGCUUCGGCUCUUCGCAAAGGACCGCGGACCAGAAAAAGUACGGCGGUAGCCAAAAGACGCUCAAUAAAUCAUACAAACAAAUCAAGAAUCGGAAGAUGGAGACCAAAGCCAUACGUGUGCCGAAGAAAAGGGGUCGCCCUCGGACACCUGAUGCCCCUCGGGCUAGAUUUUCAAUGCCGAAUGUGGAUUGUAUUGAGUCGCCUUCCAAGUCAGGCGGCGAGUUUGUUCCCGUUGGACACGACAGUUCGCCUACUAGCAGCGUCAAGAAGAAUUAUGACGCUUCCGCGGUACUGAACUCGUCGCCUAUGAAACCACGAAGCGUGUUUCGAUCUGACCAAUCUCUUCUGGACGACGAAGAUGUACGGAUUCCCGUUUCAAGUGCCGCCUUGUCGGACAGCAGCGAGCUUUCAGACGCAGAGUCCAUGGCAGAUCCUAAUGCCGAUGUUUGUCCCAUGUGUGAUGCUCCCAUCGACUCGGAUCUGGCCAAGGACCUAUCGAACAGAUACAUGAGCAUAAUAGAACAACAGAAGUUCUGCCGGCGCCACAAGGUCCUUGAGAGCAUGGCACUUUGGAAGGAAAGGGGCUAUCCAGAUAUAAACUGGGAUCAACUGGAGAAGAGGUUCGAGGAGCACACCGAUCACCUAGGCCAGGUACUUGAGGCCAAAACGAAGUCACACUACCGCGAUGCGCUUUCGAACAAGGUGAGGUCGGGCAAAGGCCGCACAUUGCUCACUUCGCAAACAAGCCUCACACCGGGCUACUACGGCUUCCGGGGCCUGAGGCUAAUGACCGAGUACCUGGUCAAGCGGUUCUCCGGGCAGCUCAGGGAGCGAGCCAUUCAGGAUAGGCUGGUGGCUGCCAGGGGCCAUACGACAUUUGUUCAGUCCGUCCUGGUGCCGGAGCUUGCCAUCCAGCUGAUGAUGGAGGACCUUGAUAUCGGAGCAGAAGCUGCGAGGGAUGUUCUCCAGGAGAGUGCAAAGCUCGGUGAAAUGCUCCACGAGGAGGUCAAGGACGUUAUACACGAUUGCGAAGACGACCUGGAGGUUUAAACGCAUAUAGGCAAUAUUUUUCACCGAAGUUUAACAUCCCUCCAUGAUUUCACCUAGUUGAAUGGCUUGUUUAGCUGGUGGGGAAUAUCCCGUGCCUGAUUGUUAGCGUGAGCUUUGAAUCUCGCAUUUACUACUGUACGGGGCAUUAUGUUGCUUUAUUACUGGGAUGGCGCAUUUUACUUGAGGAUUUUGUGUAUGUACAGACUCGCAAGGUUUGCUUUGACAUGUGCUUUCUCGUGCAUUCGAAGUGUGAGCCCAGCCAGACUUUAGACGACACUACAAUCCUGAAUCGGGGAAGCUUUCUCUAUUCCGCAGCAAAAUGAGCAUGGGAUACGGAAGUAAGGAAAAAUUCAAUCGCAGGUGUGGUCAGGAAGCAAGAAGGGUCGACCAGCCUCCAACACUACAUGAGGCAAAACAGCCCUCGCCCGCUCUGAAGCCUAGGCAGAAACUUUGUUUCAGCGUGGAGCAGUCAACGCAACGGCCAAGAGACCCUUGGCUAGUCCUCGAGGUCGGUCGUCUAGCGUCUGGUGACUUUGGUCCCAAGGUCUUGAUCUGGUAAGGAUGAAGCCA